AUGGCGAUGCCGCGGCCCGUCUGCACUUCCGCCUUCAGUAUCGAGUCUUUGAUCUCAGGCCCCGGCUCCGGUUCCGGUUCCGGUCCGGCCCCGUUCGUUUACAGUUACCCGAUGUUCGUGCCGUACCGCUCCGUGCUGCUGCCGCCGCCGCUGCCGCCGCCGCACGGUUACGGCAUGACGCUCACGUCCGCGGUGUUCCCGCCGGGAGCGCACGCGCACGAGGGCGCGGGGAUGGCGGGAAGCGCGAGGAAGUUCGGGUUCGACAAAAACCACGAGACGGAACCGGAACCGAAAGGAUUCCUCCCCACGGCUCCUAAAGAACCGCUCGGCUCGUUCACCGAAGAGCCGGGACUGCACGGCGGGGCAGACGUGGACGAGUCCCUGCGCAGAGACGAGUCCUUCUCUCUGGACUCAGACCUGGACUACAGCUCCGACGAGAACCAGACCCAGUCCUGCUCCAAAGACCGAAGUCCGGACCCGGACCGGGAUCACAACCAGCCCCGAGACGGGAGCCGCGGCUCCGGGGGGAAGAACCGUCGUCGUCGGACGGCGUUCACCAGCGAGCAGCUGCUGGAGCUGGAGAAAGAGUUUCACUGUAAGAAGUAUCUGUCUCUGACUGAGCGCUCGCAGAUCGCCCACGCCCUCAAACUCAGCGAGGUCCAGGUCAAGAUCUGGUUCCAGAACCGACGCGCCAAAUGGAAACGGGUCAAAGCCGGAAACGCCAACAACAAGAACGGAGAACCCGCCCGAAACCCCAAGAUCGUCGUCCCCAUCCCCGUCCACGUGAGCCGCUUCGCCAUCCGCAGCCAGCACCAGCAGAUGGAGCAGACCCGGCCCUGA